AUGGGAGCCUUGGAUUUGAACUCGUCUGUUAAUGAGACAAACGUUUGCACUAGCCUGGAAAAUUUGCACCCUUAUGGACCAUUUUUCCAAAACAAUCCACUCAACUACAUAUUCCCUCUUCUGCUCACACAACUCUCUCUUUCUACUGGUGCCAUUCUCUUAACUUACCUGCUCCUCAAGCCUCUGAACCAAUCCAUCCUCGUAGUACAAAUUUUGGGUGGUCUACUACUAGGACCAUCGGUUCUAGGCCAGAGUGCAUCGUUCACGGCCAGCUUCUUCCCCCUCAGAGGUUUCAUACCACUAGAUAUACUUUCCUCGAUGGGAUUUAUUCUGUACUUCUUCCUCAUUGGAGUGCAUACGGAUCCAUCUGUGUUGAAGAAAAUCAACAAGAUUAGUCUUCUUAUUGGUGUUUCCACAGUGUUGGUGCCAUAUGCAAUGACUCGAGCAUUUUCCGCUCUCUUACCACACUUGAUUAGCAUGAAUCCUGAUGAAAGCAACAGCCUUCCAACGGUAGGACAUGCUGAAUCACUAGUAGCGCUCCCGACAAUCGCUAACCUCCUUGUCGAGCUCAAGAUCAUGAAGUCGGAAAUUGGUAGGGUUGCAAUGUGUUCGUCUGUGGUAAGCGGCUUGUUCUCUUUCACCAUAUCAACCGUCUUGGGUCUGAUAAACCAGGAACUCGAUGACAACCAACUAGUAAUAUCGAUGUUUGGUUCUGUUUUUGUUUUUGUAACUUUCAUUGUUUUCAUCCUCCGCCCUGCAAUUUUAUGGCUGUUACAGCUUAAACCGGUAGAAGCUUCAUUGAACACAAAUCACUUCAUCAUUGUAGUUGUGUUGGUUUUGAUGACUGGAUUUUCCAGCCAGGCUAUUGGUUUGCACACUUGCUUCGGCCCUCUCAUUCUUGGGAUCACCAUACCUGCAGGGCAGCCAGUAGGGUCUGGGCUUGACGAGAAGCUCCACAUGAUUACCUACUGGAUUUUUUUGCCAAUCUUCUUCCUAAAAAACGGUUUGAUGAUAAACAUCUUUAAAAUUGACCCAGGGUCUCAUAUGAUUAUACAGUUGGUGGCCCUUGUAGGUGCACUUGGAAAGUUUAUAGGAGCCUACUUCACCUCUCGCCAAGGCUGCAAAAUGCCAAUUGCUGAUGCUAUCACGCUUGGCCUUGUCAUGACUAACCAAGGCCUCCUUGAGCUUGGCCUGUUCAAGAUGUUGAGGAGAACAAAAUUGAUUGACACGGACACGUUUGCGAGUAUGUACCUAUCCAUGCUGAUCGUUAGUGGUUUGGCUGUCCCCAUCAUAAAACGGCUCUAUGAUCCUUCAAGAAGAUAUGUAGUUUACAAGAGAAGAACUGUGAUGGAUUCAAUAUCAAAACCUCAACUCCGGCUAUUGGUGUGUGUGCACGAUGAAGAAAUUGCUUAUACCACAAUCAACAUCCUAGAAGCAUUAAAUCCAAGAGUGGAAAGCCAGCUUGCAGUCUGCGUUCUCCACCUUGUUGAGAUUGUUGGUCACACCAUCCCCAUUCUCAUCCCCCACAAGCUUACCGAGAAAUCAUCUUUCCCUUUGGGUUCCUCGAAAGACAUUUUAGAGGCCUUCAGAACUUUUAAGCAGAGCAACCUUGAAUUUGUCUCAGUUUAUCCCUACAGCACACUAUCCCCUUGUACGGCAAUGCAUGACCAGGUAUGCACAUUAGCGCUAGACAAAAAGUCCUCACUUGUUAUAAUACCUUUCCACAAGAGAUAUCGUGCAGAUGGUACAGUAGAAUCAUACCAAAAGGCAUCCUUGAUCAUGAACAAAAAUGUCCUGGACAAGGUGCCUUGUUCAGUUGUGAUCCUCAUUGAUCGUGGGCUCUUUAGAUCCUCACUGCCAGUCUUGGAAAGCUCAUGUCAAUGUAGAGUUGGUGUUGUCUUCUUGGGUGGAGCCGAUGAUAGGGAAGCACUAGCUAUAGGGGCACGAAUGGCUGACCAUCCAAAGAUCACAUUGACAAUGACUAGACUUGUUGCGGAUGGAGAUUUUACAGGUAAUGAUCUGGAAGAAAGAAGGGUGGAUAAUGAGUCCUUGAGCGAGUUUAGACAAGCCAUGAUAUCCAACCACCGGGUUACCUACAUAGAAGAAGUAGUAAGGGACGGAAGAGGGACAGCUGCAGUUAUUUGUUCCAUGGAAAACAGUUACGAAAUAAUCUUGGUGGGCAGAAAUCAUGAUAAGCGGUCACCAUUGAUGUCAGGUUUUGAUGAUUGUGGUGACUGCGCAGAGUUGGGAGCCAUCGGUGAGAUUUUGGCUUCAUCUCAUUUUAAGGGCAACACCACAAUUUUAGUGGUGCAACAACACCCCAUAGUAGUGAAUGAGCACAAAAGUAUUAAACCCGACCAUGGAGUCCCAUAUUCGAUAAAUGAUGAAGAAGAGAUGCCAAUUCAAGGGAGAUCUCCGUAG